AAUGAAGCUACCGUACUAAACAUCUCAAGGAUAGCAUAAUCAGUUGUACGAAUAUGGAUAUACAUAUGAAAAUCCAAAAACGGAAAAAAAUCAGAUAAUCCCUUAAAUUCGUGCAUGCAAUGUACAUCGCUCACAUCUGUAGACUGGUGCCGCAGAAGGAAUAAAAACAUCAUUACUGUCGUUUUUAGUAGACUGUCUAUCUUCCGAAGCCGGUGAAGUCUCGAAGAAUAACCCAACGAGCUCCUUAAGCAUUUGAUGUUCUUGCUUCUGUAAGUUUGGAUCCAAAGUCUGUUUUUGGAAUCGUACAAUAUCUUGCUCUAACAAAUAUAUUUGACUGUACAAUUGAUUCCUCCUCUCUAACAGCUCCUUCUUUUCCCAAGUAAGGGGAUUUAACCCGCUUUUUUCCUCAGUCGGCGUGUUUUCAGUGUUCCGAAUUUUCUUGUUUAUAGAACUAGAAUGAAGUUUAGCUUGACCAACAUUUUCUUCAAUGGGAAUUUCUUCUUCACUACUACUAUUAUCCUCUUGAGAAAUCUGGCUGAAUCGUCGACUUGUCAUCCUGGUCUCUCUAUGAUAUCUGACCGAAAAAAUACAUUUAUUUUGUAAUUAUACAAUAAACAAUAUCCAUAGACUUUGAAGUUUCGGUUGGAGAAAUUGUUCGUAAUUGUUUUCAUUCUUUAAGGUACAUAAGCUAAGCCUACCGAGCGUACAGCAGUCUGUAACGUAUCAAUUGGAAUUUCAAUUUACUGUCUUAAGACUAUCAAUUCCUGUUUAUAACUGUUCUGAAGAACUAACGUAUCGAAAGUAAUAAAAGUUUAUCAUCAUAUUUGAAUAAUGGAGAAAUUCACCCGUUGGAGAGACGCUGGCACAGGCAUUGCUCCGUUUCAACCAAUUUAUGCAGAGAAACCAUCAGUUACAAGCUUUAAAUGGUUGAUUAUCUUACCUGUAGCUUUAGUUCGCAUCCCGUUAUGCAUUAUCUCCGGUCUCUUGUACUUUGGGUUAUGGUCUGCGUGCUUCAAGAAGCUACUAUACUUUCAGCCGUCUAUAGCUGGGUUUAUUGAACGUUCACUUUCACGAAUUUUACUAUUCUCAUUGGGUUGCUUCCGACUUUCCUAUACGCUUGUUGGAUCGUUUGUACAAGGGGAUAGUUUACAGCCUGGUGAUAUUGUUGCUGUCAACCAUACGAGUCCUGUAGAUGUCUUAAUCGUUUCGUCUUUGUUUGAUUGUAUAUUCGUAAAAACGAAUUGUCAAUCAAAUGUUUUUCCUGUUUCAUCUACUUCUUCUUUCUUUUCAUGCUUUUCUAGAUUAAGCUUUAUGCUAUCUCCCUCUAAAAAAGAUCUUCGACCACUCUCCGAAAUCUGUAAAGAUGCCAGCAAGACUGGCAAGGUCGUCGUUGUAUUUCCAGAGGGUACUACCACUAAUGGCAGGGGACUAUGUCAAUUAACCAAAUGCCUUGAGUCCGCUGGAAGUACUGAUCGUAUUUUCUGCUUAUAUCUUCGUUAUUUACCUGCAGCUAUUACCCUUUCUGUUCCAUCCAUGUUAACAUUUAUUAGUUCCAUUUUAUUGACCAUUUCUUUUGAAACUCGUGCUCGAAUGUCAGCGGAACCUGAAGUACCCAGAAAUUGUAACAAUGUAACCGAAAGCGUCUUAGAGAAACUUUGUAAAUUGGGCCGUACACGGGCUACAAAACUUGAUUUGGUUGAAAAACAAAUUUUUCUGGAGGCCAAAUAUACGAAGUACGAUUGAUGAAUACCACAGGCUGUUUUCCUAUGUUUCAUGCCAUGGUAUAGCUAUUUUAAAGAAUUACUUGACUCUUACUAGAGUAUUUUGGUAAGGAUUAUUAUUCAUGAUAUAUAUAAUAAAUAAGAAUCAUAGAAAAUAUGUCAAUCAUCAAAAUCGUUAGCCAUGGUUAC